AUGGCCUCCGGCACCGCUGACUCGGUGCUCCUCCUGGAUGGCGGCAUGGGGCAUCUGCUCAAGUCUCAGGACAUAGCCCGCUUCGCCCCCGAUCUACCGGUUGAGCGGCAGUUUGCUGCAGCCGCGCUGGCCAACGCUGCCGCUCCCGACCUGAUCGUUGGCCUGCAUGAGGUAUACAUCGCAGCCGGGUGCCACGUCAUCACCAGCAACACCUUUGGGUGCACGUCCUGGUCCCUGAGCAGGGCUGGUGCGGCAGAGAGGACCGCUGAGCUGGCAGCGGCCGGCGCCAUGCUGGCGAGGAGAGCCGCCGACGCAGCGCCGCGGCCGGUCGUGGUCGCAGACCGAUCCCACGCCCAACUUGAAGAGUAUGCCACACUGGCGCACGCCAUGGCGCCAGCCGUGGACGUCCUGCUGUGCGAGACCAUGUCCUCCGCCGACGAGGCCGCGGUGGCGGCCUCGGCCGCGGCGGCCACGGGGAAGCCGGUGUGGAUAAGCUGGACUCUGCAGGACGCCAGCGAUGGGGAGCCACGCCUGCGCUCGGGGGAGAGCCUGCAGGCCGCCUGGGACAGGGUGAAGGACAUCCCUUGCCUCCAGGCCAUCCUGAUUAACUGCAGCAGCCCGGGCACGGUGGGCGCAGCGGUGCCCUGCCUGCGACGGCUGGCCCCGGCCGGCGUGCGGGUUGGCGGCUACGCCAAUGGCUUCCGCCAGACCACCGGCGAGUGGCUGGAGGGUCGGGGGAAGGCCGACAUCAAUGAUGCCGGGGACUAUGACGAGGUGGGCGACCUGCUGCCAGGCGCAUAUGCUGCGCACGCUGCGUCCUGGGUCCGGGCGGGAGCAGGCAUCGUGGGCGGGUGCUGUGGCGUGGGGCCGGCCCACAUCGAAUCUGUGUCGGCGCUGCUGCAAAGAGAGGGAGGAGCGCUCGAGUAUAACAGCUGCAGUGCUGAGCGGCGAGUGCCACCGCCGUAG